CAUUUUUUGAAGGAAACUAAUUAGCAGGAAUAAAGAGCCAAGUGUUUUUUUCUCCUCAAUGAUCAGAACUCAUUCUACCUCUGGAGCUCGCGCACCCCUCCGUCCCCACGUUGUGUUUACUGUAGCCUACAUGUAGCUUUAAUUACACUGUUGUUAACUCGGCCGCCGACCACUCUCCCCUUCCCGUCCAGGAAACGUUUUGGACCAUUCGAAAGGAAUGAGUGGGCUUUCUCUGCGAUUGUUUUCUGGAUUACUACCCAUUCGUUUCACGGAGCCUUUAACCAGUACCGCGGCAGACAUGUGUGGCAGUGAUGUGUGGUCGCUGUAGCCGGUGGCAUGGACCGCGGUGAGGGGGGGGGGGGCGGAGGGGAGGAGCGGGAUGCCGCCGCCGCCGCCGCCGACCUCCACCCACGGCCUCUCUCGCCUCCUCUGCUGACCCCCGGGGUCGUCCCCGAGCAGGGGUCGUCCUCGCGUACCUCCGCCGCCACGGCCCCCGCCAAAGAGCCCCCCGCCGGGCCCCUCCCGGGGCCGCAGGGGGCAGGGGGGUCCCCGGCUGGAGAGCAGACCCAGGGGGGUGCGGCGGGAGCAGGGGGGGGCGCUGGGUGUCAAGACCAGGGGGUGACGAUGAUGAAGGAGGAGGAGGAGGAGGAGGAGGGCAGCAGGGAGGGCUGUUUGUUUGAGCUGGGGACGGGGAGCGAGGAGGAGCGCGCCAUUACAGAGGAGGCCAUCUCAAACCAAAGCCAAACCAAAUCCAAAUGUUCUUUAUUACCUCAACUGAGCCAGCAUAGCUCUUCUUCCAGCGCUGCCGCCCCCGGAGGCGCCCUCCACGCCAGAGCCCUUCCAAAGCCCCCCCCCCCCACUCCUCCUCCUCGCUCCCCCUCUCCAAAGCACUCCCCCGGCCCCCCCCCCUCCGCCCCCCUGCCGAGCGAGGCGGCGGCGGGAGACACCGAGGGAGGGCGCGGCUGGAUCUCUGGCUUCCCCCCGAGCUUUAAUUCCCAGCGGUCCGCCUCGCCCUCCCCCCCGCCGAUGGGACCCGGUGAGGCCCCCCGGCCGGCCGGGCCCCCCCCCCACUCCGCCGCGGUCGCCCCCGGUGACGCCAAAGCUCCAGAACCAAACGACGGGCCGCCGGAGAGAGGGGCGGGGGACGAGGACGGCGACGCCGGCGGCGGUGGCGACGCCGGCGUCCUCCGGACCCUCGGCCACGACCUCUCCCCCGGCUCCCUCACCAGUCACAUGACCAUAAUGCACUCGCGCAACUCCUGCAAGACCCUCAAGUGUCCCAAGUGCAACUGGCACUACAAGUCGCAGCACACGCUGCAGCUGCACAUGCGGGAGAAGCACCCCGAGACGGGCGCCGGGUGCGUGUGCUCCGGGGGCGGCGCCGGGGGGAAGUGCGUGUGCGGCGGCGGCGGCACGGGCGGCGCCUGCUCCUACUGCGUCUCCGGCAAGGCGCACCCCCGCCUGGCGCGCGGCGAGACGUACGCCUGCGGCUACAAGCCGUACCGCUGCGAGGCCUGCGACUACGCCACCUCCUCCAAAGGCAACCUCAGCAUCCACAUGCAGUCGGACAAACACCUGAACAACGUGCAGAGCGGCGGGCUCGCCAGCGGCGGCGGCGGCGGCGCGGCCUCCCAGAGCCACUCGCCGGAGGAGCAGGUCUACAAGCUGGCGCUCCCGCUGCACGCCCCGCCCCCCAGCCAGCCCGCCAAGCUGGCCCCGCCCCCGCCGCCGCCGCAGCAGGGGCACGCGGCGGCGGCGGCGGGGAAGCGGUGGCGCUGCGACGUGUGCGACUACGAGACCAGCAUCGCCCGCAACCUGCGCAUACACACCACGAGCGAGAAGCACACGCACAACAUGCUGCGCCUGCAGCGCGGCUUCUACCUGUCCCACUGCCGGAGCCUGCCGCCCGGCCUCAAGCACCUGCAGAGCGCAGGCGGCGAGCUUCCUCUGGGCCUAUGCGGCAGCGGGCCGGCGGCGCCGGACGUGUCCCUCGCCACGCUGGGCUCCACCCUGACCCCGUCCCCGUCCCCCUCCCCGUCCCCCCCCCUGGCCCCGCCGCUGUCCCCCGGCGGCGGGGGUCUCUUGCCGGGCGUCUUCCACUGCCUGGUCUGCUCCAGCUUCUCCUCGGACGGCCUGGAGCCCGUGGAGCGGCACCUGGCCGCGGCGCGCUCCCUCCCCCAGGCCGAGUGGUGCUCCCUGGUGGCGGGGGGCUGCCACUGCAGGCUGUGCGCCUACACCACCCCGCUGCGGGCCAACUUCUCCCUGCACUGCCAGACGGACCGGCACCGCGCCCGCUACCAGCUGGCGGCCCACAUGCGGGAGGGCGGCGACCGGGCCCCGGAGGAGGCCGCUGCCCUGGUGGCCAAGGGCCACCCGGUGCAGCUGCGCUGCAACCUGUGCGACUACGUGACCAGCAGCCUGGAGAAGCUCCGGGGACACGCCCUCAGCGGCCACCACGAGGCCAGCGUGCGCGUGUACCGGUUCCUCCAGCAGUACGAUGGCGACGUGGACGGGGGUGCGUGGCAGUUCCACUGCCUCCUGUGCAGCCACUCCUCCUCCUCGAAGGUCCAGCUGCUCAAACACAGCCAGACUGCCACUCACCAACAGAGGGAGGGGCUACUGCAGCUGCAGCCAAUGGGAGGAGAGGAACUGGCAGCAAUUUUCACCAUCAGGAAAAGCCCUGACGGUGUCAGAGGAGAGACGAGCGAGGAUAUGGAAACUUCCAGCGAGACAAACGAAGGCCCUCCGGUCCAAACCAAAGACACGCGCAACUUGGGGGUCGAGCAGAAUUCUCGAAAGACCUCAGGAGACGCACGCAGCGGCACGGAGAGGAACGCCACGCCCCCGGCAAAGCGUCCAUCUUCUGGAAGCGAGGAGACCAAGAGCCCCCCCUCCCCCAAACGCCCCAAAAUCCACCAGCAGAACGAGAACCAGCAGACGGCCCAGUGCGCGCUGUGCCAGGUGAGGCUGCCCUUCACCGCGCUCCGGCACCACCUCACCUACGUACACAGCGUCGCCCAGGACUGCGUGGACAAGCUGAUCAGCGCGGUUGCACCAUCCGUGGAUCAACUGGAGACUCAAACCAAGAUGGAGUACGAUUAUCAUACGGAUUUCCAAAAGAAUAACUCUAAUAACAACAUAAACACAAAUGGCUCCAAUUCCCCCACCACCGUGGAAAAUAUGAGAAACACAGAAGAGUUCGGGGAGAGCACGGAGGCACACGAAGCCACGCCCAAAGACGUGACCGCGCUCCUCACUCCCCCCUUGGAAGAGCCCGCCUCCCACCCCGCCAACAGCCGACCCUCCCCUCCGUCUCCCAGCCAUCACCCUCCCUCCUCCCCCCCCAACUCCCCGCCCAACGAGCCGCCUCCCCCCUCCGAUCGCCAUGGUUACCGCUUCCGUUGCAGCAGGUGCAGCCUGGCCUUCCCCACCCAGGAGAAGCUGCAGGUGCACUGGCAGUACCACGCCAUGCGGGCGGCGACAGAGUGCCCCCUGUGUGCGAGACGCUGCCGCAGUCAGGAAGCCCUGCAGAGGCACAUGCAGAACACCCACUCACAGCUGGACUCUGCCAACCCCCAGAGCGCCCCCAUGCCGCCGCACACCGCCCACACCCAGCUGGAGCUCACGGCCGUCGGACAGGACGUUAGGUUAUCGCCUCCUGUGGGCGAGGAAGCAGACGAGGAAGAGGAUGAUGACAUGGAGGCCGAAGCACUGGUCAUGGAGAAGAAGGAAGUCAGGACAGAGGAAAGGAAGGUGGAAGGAAAGGACACACAGGUCGGGGUUAGUGGAGCUCAAGACAACAUUCUGGAUUUGGGGAAAUGCCUCCAGGCCGAAACUGGAUUGGAACCCACUCCCAACUUUUAUAUGAAAAAGGGUUCAAACCCAACCAUGGACCGCUAUUUAGACCCCGCCAGGCCCUAUAAGUGCACCAUAUGUUCAGAAUCCUUCACCCAGAAGACCAUCCUAUUGGUCCACUUCAACUCUGUUUCCCACCUCCACCGAGCCCGACGGGCCCUGCAGGAAUCCGGCCCCGGCCAGACGCACCCCGACCCCCCCCGCGGCCCAGACCCUAGACCCUACCGCUGCCGGCUGUGCGGCGUCGGCUACAGCCAGAGCUCCACGCUGGACAUCCACCUGCGCUCCGUGCUCCACCAGACCAGAGCUCGUGCUUCUCAGAGCGCCGCGCCGCAGAUCCCGGCGUUUGGUUCCACCGCUCCGGCGCCGGUCAACUCCACCGCAGCUCAGACCGCUGUCGCCAGCGAGGGUACCUCCACGAGCAUCCCGUCAGCCAAGAAGGCGGACCCCCCCGCGGCGCCGCCGUCCAUCGCUUCCUUAAUAAGCACCGCGGCCGAGGCCCAGCAAGCCCUUCACAGCCAGGCCGAAAGCCAGCUAGCUAAGAGGUCCGCCGAGUUGCUGUCCUCCAGGAAUCAGAUACUGCUAAUGCAACAGCACCAGUUAGCCCAGGCACAGGCCCAGUUACAGCAGCACACGUCCCUCCUUCAGUCUCAGCUCUUUAACCCAGCACUGCUGCAACAUCUGCAGUUAGGACCAGAGAGUCUGCUGAAGCAGCACUUCUCUAUAGCUCCAGAUAACCUUCUGUCCCUGCAGCAGCAACUUCUGCUGCCCUUUUACCUCUCUGGAGAGAUGAAGCUUAACCCAGAGUUAGUUCUUAAGAGCCUAGAACUUAACCAGACCGAUUCCUGUAUCACUGCCCUGAUGGAGCAGCUUAACCCAAAGGCUACGAGAGAGUCCACCCCUCAUGUGGAAGAGAAACCCACCCAGAGGCAAACCCCAACCUCGGCUCAGUCCCCGCUAAGCGAGAGUGUGGAGAGUGAGGGCAGGGUGAAGCCACGGGGUGGUGGCUCUGUCAUGACCCAGAGCGAACCAGAGUACAACAUACCUGGUCUCAAGGAAGAGAAAAGAGAGGACACGAUCCACGUCGUCAAAGCCGAGAAGCAGAGGGACGAGCUGAAUCAGGUCGAUUGCUCGCCCCACAAGCGCUUAGGACUUGAUUGUCCCCCUCCUAGGGUUCCCUACGCUGCGGCGAACGGGGAGCCACUCAGAAGCCUUCUGCAGAGUUACGGUUACGAACUGGCACUGCAAUACAUCCAGAGCAGGCAGAGGCACCAGCUGAAGAUCAACCACAUGGUGCCAGAGGGACACAAGUGCCUUGAGGAGAAGCAGGCCUAUCUAGACAUGAGGAUGAAGGACUACAUAGAAUUCAAAGCUGGCAAAGCUGAAGGGUGUGAGGGAACCCUAAAAGGGGAAGGAGUAAAUGGGGAAAGGAUUGAUGGCUCAUUAGAGAAGAAAAAGGAGAAGGAACAAGAAACAUUGCAGAAAGAAGAGAAGGAAAAGUGUCUGGACUGCGGUAAGAUGUUCUCAGAUGCGUUGGUCCUCAAGACCCACCAGGAGUACCUACACAGGCAGCUCUUCCCCACUGCGGUGCUGGAGAAGUUUUCAAAAGAGUACAGGCUGCAGUAUGACCAACUCUACCCACUCGCAGAGUCAAAGUCUGAGGAAAAACCUGCUGAUGCUCCACCAACACCAAAACCAGAUUCAGAACCAGAGCCCGGGCUAGAACCAGGUGAACAAAAACCUGCUACAGAUUCAGAGCCCGAAGCUAAAAUAUUCGCUCCUGUCAGCGAUUUACCACCAACCACCCCAGUAAGCACUCCUUCUCCAUCUCCUCAACCACAGGCCUCUCCCAAACAUGAGGGCCCCCUCCCAAGCCCCUCUCCUCCAGCGAUCUCCCAAACCCCCUCCCAGGGCAUGGGCCUACCCAAACUUUCUCUUCCAUUGCCCCAAUACCCCCUCUCUUCUCUCCCCAUGCCCCCGAUGUCGUUCCCCAUGGACAUGCCCUUGCUUCCUUCUGUUGUGAUGCAGUCCAUGGGUCUUCAGUCCCAACCCUGGCUGGACUCUGCACUGACGUCUGAGAUGGCAAAGCUGUACCAGUCGCAGCUGAGCCCCACACUGCUCUCCAACCAGGCCGACCUCGGCCCCGCUCUGUUAGCCCAACAGUCCCAGAUGAACCACAUGAUGCUAGCUCAGCCCUCGCAUCAUAGCCCUGUGCUCCAGCAUCCUCAAGGAACGUCCACCAUGCACGACCCCCAGCAAGGCAAGCGGCCUCGCACACGUAUCUCCGAGGAGCAGCUGGGUGUUCUACGGCAACACUUUGACAUAAACAGCCUCCCCGGGGAUGAAGACGUCAUCAAGAUGUCCUCCAAGUGCGGGCUGCCUCACAAGGUCAUCAAACACUGGUUCCGCAACACCCUGUUCAAAGAGCGCCAGCGAGACAAGGAUUCCCCCUAUAACUUCAACAACCCUCCCACCACGGUGUUGGAUGAGCCCCCAGAGGAAGUGGCACUACUGCAGGUUCUCACCGAGGCCGCGUCGUCCAUCUCCCCCGGUCUGCCGACCAACCAAUCCCCACAGCCCCAGAGAACGGACCCCCUCAGAGGGGAGCCGAACCGGGGCCGUCGGUCCUCUCGUACCCGCUUCACAGAGGGCCAGCUGGAGGCGCUGCAGAGCGUGUUUGAGGCCACGCCCUACCCCCGAGAGGAGGAGUACGACAGGCUGUCCGCCCUGCUGUCCCUCCCCAACAGAGUCAUCGUUGUGUGGUUCCAGAACGCCAGGCAGCGGGCUCGUAAGAGCCAGGAGAAAGGGGAAGAGGACGGGCCAGAGGGCAGAGCCCAGGUGGAGGACACCCAGAGGCGAAGCCGCGGGGGGCACAAGAAUGACACGGAGGAUGACUGUGGGGAGGAGGGCCUUGGCGACAGGCAGAAUGAAAACUCCAUGGAUUUGGCGUACGAGUAUUACACCCAUGCGGACUCCCCUGUUGAUGCAGAUUCUCCAACUCAUCGCACAGAGAGUAAACAUGAGAUAGUCAACGGGAAGCAAAACGCGCUUGGUAAGAUGCAGGAUGAAACUGCAGCAGCUCAAGCUGAGAAGAUGCAUGGCCCAGUUUUACAAAUAAAAACCGAGAUCCCAGAAGCAGAGAAACAGAACCAAAAUAAGGCCUGUACAAGAGUAAUGCCAACACCCAAACCCCAGCCUAAGCCAGAACCACCGUCAGAGAAACCCCAACACACUUCUGGUUCAUCUUGUGAUAGAACGAAAGCUAGUGUUCCAACUUCCUCUCCGUUCAGCCAAGAUAACACCCGUCCCAGCUCUGCUCCAGCCAUAGACAGGCCUGCUCAGUCUCCUCUCAACCCUCCCUCCGAGUGUGAGACGGACAGAGCCUGCAUGCCUGACGCCACCACGGGCCGGUCCGCCCACCUCCAUCCACAGAGCUCCCUGCAGCACCAAACCCCGACCCAGUUCCAGUGCUCAUUUUGCCCCAUGUCUCUGCCUUCGCCACAGCUGUGGCAGGAGCACCAGACCAGGCACCUGCUGGCCGCUCAGUCCCAGGUUCAGCUCAUGCACCCUGGCUUCUCAGACCGAACCAUGCCUUACAUGAUGAUCCACCCUAACCAAACCCUGAUGGCCAGCCAGCUGCUGGCCAGCGCCAUGUCUCAGAUGCACCCCAACCCGGCGCAUCCCAUGCUUCCCCAAAUGAACGGCCUGCACCUCAACAACACACUCUCGGAUCACCUGAGCAACAGCCUCUCGGGCCUGCCUCACGCGUCCAUGUCUUCGGGGAAGCCGAGUUCAAAGGUAUUGAACGACGUGAGCUGUGAGGGCCAGGGAGGCGGGAGAGAGGUGGAGGACGACCAGAGGAGGGACAAGAGGCAGAGGACCACCAUCACACCGGAGCAGCUGGAGGUUCUGUACCAGCGCUACAGCCUGGACUCCAACCCCACCCGGGGAGUCCUCGAGAGCAUCGCGCGCGACGUCGGCCUCAAGAGACGCGUGGUUCAGGUUUGGUUUCAGAACACUCGCGCCAGAGAGAGGAAAGGACAGUUCCGCUCCACCACGACGGGCACCAGCUUCAGCCUUGGCUUGAAUCACCUGCGCUGCCUCUUCUGUAGGGCUCUCUUCAAGGUCAAAAGUGCCCUCGACGCCCACAUCAGGUCCCGGCACUGGGCUGAGGCCGAGAGGGCGGGCUACAACCUGUCUGUCAGUAAUGGCUCCGCCAGCCAGCUAGGCAUGUCUAUGUCCUCUCUCUUGGACAACGCCGGCCCGUCUGCCUCCUGCGGCCUCAGCCCCAACCCGGGCUACGUCAUGAGCCCCAAGGAUCGCCUCGCGAGGCCAUUGAUGCCCUCCCACUGCUCAGCCAUUGAACCAAACAGCCCCGAGGAAGAAGGGGCGUACGAGGAAGAGGAGGAGUACCCAUGCGACGAGGGCUCCAGCGUGGCCGAACAAGGGUCGCUGAGUCCGGACGGCAUCGGGGGUCCGAGCGGAGACUGGGGCGAGACCCUCUCCCAGAGGCAGUACCAACAUCAGCAGCAGCAGCAGCGGCAGCGGACACAGAUGAGCCACUUCCAGGUGCUUCAGCUCCGAGACUUCUACCGGAGCCACCGGACCCCCAACCGGCAGGAGUGUGAGGCGCUGGGCCAGGACCUCGGUCUGCCCCACCGGGUGGUGCAGGUGUGGUUCCAGAACGCCAGAGCCAAGGAGAAGAGGGCUCGCAGCAUGAGCUCUGACCCCGCCGACAGAGAGCAGUCGGAGCUCUCUGCCGGAGCCGGGGAGAGAGACAGAGCUUAGAGAGGCACACAGGGAUCAUUUUUGCUUCCUCAAACUAAGUUCUUUCCAAAC